AGGACCAGGAGCAGGACCAGGAGCAGGACCAGGACCAGGAGCAGGACCAGGACCAGGACCAGGACCAGGACCAGGAGCAGGACCAGGAGCAGGAGCAGGAGCAGGAUCAUGUCUCGUCUGGUGGAGUGUGUGCCAAACUUCUCUGAGGGGAGAAACAAAGAGGUGAUCGAGGCGAUCUCUCUCUCCGUCUCUCAGACUCCGGGUGUUUCUCUUUUGGACGUUGAUCCCGGCGUCUCCACAAACCGAACCGUCUUCACGUUUGUGGGGAGUCCUGAGGCCGUCGUGACCGCCGCCCUGAACGCCGCCAAGACCGCCCACGAACGGAUCGACAUGACCACGCACCGAGGGGAGCAUCCUCGUCUGGGGGCGUUGGACGUUUGUCCUUUCGUCCCGGUGCAGAACGUCUCCAUGGACGACUGUGUGAAAUGUGCAGAGGAGUUUGGACAGAAACUCGCCCAGACUCUGCAGGUCCCAGUGUAUCUGUACGGAGCAGCAGCUCGCUCCGAGUCCAGGAGGAGUCUCCCUUCAGUCAGAGCCGGAGAGUACGAGGGUCUGCCCCAGAAGCUGCAGUGCUCUGAUUGGGCCCCUGACUUUGGCCCCGCCCACUUCGUUCCGUCCUGGGGCGCCACGGUGACGGGCGCCAGAAAGUUCCUCAUUGCCUUUAACGUGAAUCUCCUGAGCACCAAAGAACAAGCCCAUCGUAUCGCCCUGGACAUACGAGAGCAGGGACGCGGCAAGGACCGGCCCGGUCUGCUGCAGAAGGUCCAGGGGAUGGGCUGGUUUCUGGAGGAAUCAAACUUGGCUCAAGUUUCCACAAACAUCUUGGACUUUGAGGAAACUCCAGUUCACCAGGUUUAUGAACAAGUGUGUUCCAAAGCACGAGAGUUGAAGUUGCCUGUGGUGGGCUCUGAGGUGGUGGGACUGCUCCCCCUUCAGGCCGUGUUGGACACUGCAGAAUUUUACAUCAAAAGAGACGAACUGUUUGUGAUCGAAGAAGAACACAAAGUCCGACUGGUGGUCAGUAAACUGGGCCUGGACUCACUCGGACCCUUCAACCCCAAAGAGAGAAUCAUAGAGUACAUGGUGAGCUCCCAUGAUGCCGCGGGGCUGUCGUCUCUUCCUCUGCGGGACUUUGUGCUCAGAGUGGGAGCGCGCUCUGCUGCCCCCGGUGGAGGUUCUGUGUCUGCUGCCAUCGCUGCCAUGGGGGCGGCACUGGCUCAUACCUGUGUCUCCUGUAGUACUCGUCUGUCUCCUGUAGACGCGCUGAAGAUGCCCAAGAACACAGACGAGGAGAGAACCAGGAGGGAGCAGCAGGUCCAGGCCGGGCUUCAGGAGGCCGUUAAAGUUCCUUUGUCUUUGGCUCAGAAAAUCUCUGGACUCUGGACUCACCUGAAGGAGCUGUGUCUCCACGGCAACGCCACCUGCCAAUCAGACGCCCAGGUGGCGGUCAAGGCUCUGGAGACGGCCGUGUUUGGAGCUUAUUUUAACGUCAUCAUCAACUUGAAAGAAAUAAAGGACCAAGAGUUUAAACAGAAGAUGGAGCGCGAAGCCCGAGCUCUGCUACAGGAGGCCCAGGACAACGCCACGGCCUGCCUCUGUGCCUGUGAGCAACGCACCUCACAGCACUGAAACACCAUCAGCCUGCCUCUGUGCCUGUGAGCAACGCACCUCACAGCACUGAAACACCAUCAGCCUGCCUCUGUGCCUGUGAGCAACGCACCUCACAGCACUGAAACACCAUCAGCCUGCCUCUGUGCCUGUGAGCAACCCACCUCACACUUGUUUUGUUUCAAAGUGUCUGUUGUUUCCUCAAACAUGAAAGUUUGAAUAAAAGUUGAAUAAUU